GCUCUCCCGCCCUCUUCUGACACCAAUGACAGUGAGCGAAACAAACAUGGCGACGGCGUCGAGCGGACGCGGGUUUCUGAGAACUUUACUGCUUUUUACCCACCUUGCGGCGGGCGUCCGGGCCGAGGUGGCGCUGGCCGAGUCGCGGGCCAGCACGCGGGUCCUCGGCAUGCGGCUGGAGCGCAGCGACAUGCCGGCCGGGACCACCGAGCGCGGCGUGAUCCAGGUAACAGAGGGCAGCGACAUCCAGGUCCGGUUCUACGGGCUCCACUUGUUCCCCAACAGCUCGGCGCUUGUCCGCUUCACGGAGCUUUAUUCUAGCGAGGCGGAGGACGAUGCUUUCGGCGCCGUGGAGGUGCCUCUUAACCGGACGUGCCCGGAGCACAGCAAGGACCUGGUAGUGAAGGGUACGAUGAACGUGAGUAACCACAAUACCGCCGGGCUGGUCAGCGUCACCGUCAAGCAGCUCCGCAAGAGCGAGGUGGUCAAGGUGUUCGCCCUGUGCGUGCGAGACCCCCUGGACCCCCCGGACGCGUGGUUCCUGCUGGACGAGGGGGACGGCCGGGUGCGGGUGGUGGAGGUGAAGAAGUCCCUGCUCCCCAUAUGGCUUCAGGUGAUCCUCAUCUGCUUCCUGCUGGUCCUGUCGGGCAUGUUCAGUGGUCUCAACCUGGGCCUGAUGGCCCUGGACCCCAUGGAGCUGCGCAUCGUGCAGAGUUGCGGCACCGAAAAGGAGAAGAAGUACGCCCGCAAGAUCGAGCCCAUCCGCCGCAAGGGCAACUACCUCCUGUGCUCGCUUCUCCUGGGCAACGUUUUGGUCAACACGACUCUCACCAUCCUACUGGAUGACCUGACCAACUCGGGUGUGGGCGCGGUGAUGGCCUCCACGGUCGGCAUCGUGAUCUUUGGCGAGAUUGUGCCCCAGGCGCUCUGCUCGCGCCACGGCCUAGCGGUGGGCGCCAACACCAUCCUGGUCACCAAGCUGUUCAUGCUGCUCACCUUCCCGCUGUCGUGGCCCAUCAGCAAGCUCCUGGACUGCGUGCUGGGCCAGGAGAUCGGCACGGUGUACAACCGCGAGAAGCUGGUGGAGAUGCUGAAGGUGACGGAGCCCUACAACGACCUGGUGAAGGAGGAGCUUAACAUGAUCCAGGGGGCGCUGGAGCUGCGCACCAAGACGGUGGAGGACGUGAUGACGCCGGUGGGCAACUGCUUCAUGAUCCACAGCGACGCCGUGCUGGACUUCAACACCAUGUCUGAGAUCAUGGAGAGCGGCUACACGCGCAUCCCCGUCUACGAGGGAGAGCGCUCCAACAUCGUGGACGUGCUCUUCGUCAAGGACCUGGCCUUCGUCGACCCGGAUGACAGCACCACGCUCAAGACCAUCACCAAGUUCUACAACCACCCGGUGCACUUUGUCUUCCAUGACACCAAGCUGGACUCCAUGCUGGAGGAGUUCAAAAAAGGCAAGUCCCACCUGGCCAUCGUGCAAAAGGUGAACAACGAGGGCACGGGUGACCCGUUCUAUGAGGUGCUGGGCCUGGUCACGCUUGAGGACGUUAUCGAGGAGAUCAUCAAGUCGGAGAUUCUGGAUGAGUCGGACCAGUACACUGACAACCGCAACAGGAAGAAGGUGGCGCCCAACAAGAACAAGAGGGACUUCUCCGCCUUCAAGCACGAGAGCGAGUCCAAGGUUAAGAUCUCGCCUCAGCUGCUGCUGGCAGCCCACCGUUUCCUGGCCACAGAGGUGACCCAGUUCAACCCGGCUCAGAUAUCCGAAAAGGUGCUCCUGCGGAUGCUGCGCCACCCCGACGUCAUUCAGGAGAUCAAGUUCGACGAGAACGACAAGCGCUCGCCGCAUCACUACGUCUACCAGAGGGGGAAAUCUGUCGAUUACUUCAUACUCAUACUGCAGGGCCGGGUGGAGGUGGAAGCUGGCAACGAGAACAUGAAGUUUGAGACUGGACCCUUCUCCUACUAUGGCAUCAUGGCGCUCAGCGCUCCCUUGUUGGCGGCCGCCCCACGCCCCCGCCACCGCUCCUUUAAAAGGUUUUCUCUGUUCGCGCGGUUGCCAGGUAAAACCGUGUCCUAUGACUCACUGAGGCCUCCUGCUGGACGACUCACGCUGACUGAGUUCCGCUCACCGUCGCACAUCAGCAUCCUGAACCGCACGUCGUCGCUGAGCGGUGCCGACCGGGCCGAGUCGCUGUCGGUGAGUGGCAGCAACAGUCACCUCAGCAGUCAGCUCAACUGCAGCACCAUCUACACGCCCGAUUUCUACGUGCGUGCCCUCACCAACCUGCAGUACGUCAAGAUCACACGCUCGCAGUACCAGAACGGACUGAUGGCGUCACGUCUGGACAGCACGCCGCAGUCGCCCGAGAGCGUUCACCAGUUAGCCGCCCAGACGGAGGCCGGCACCGACGCCUCCGACGUCACCCUGGGCGAGCUGGACCCCGCGGGCCCCACGGAGAACGGGCCCGACGAGACCACCAUGCUUCUGAACCAGCGGAACUCGCCCCCUCACGACGCCAACAACGGCGGACAGCUGGAAAACAGUAUCUAGAACUUCCUCCUCCUUCUUCCCUCGCACGCUUGCACGCCGCCGUCGAAGAGACUCAGGGAGACUCACCCCCCCCCCCCCCCCCCCAAAAAAAAAAUCCAAAUCAACCCUUGUUCCGAUGAGAGAUUCAAUGUUUGUGUGGUGGACGUGUCACCAUGGCGACAAUCAGUGCGAUGAUGAAUGUAGCGUUUCCGAUGGGUCGAUGUGUAUGGCGUGGGAACCAAAAACAGGGAACUUCAUUUUGUACCAAGAAGAAUUGGGGCCACACCGGAAAUACAAUUUUACAAGAAUGAAAUUAAAAGUGAGAAGGACACAGCUUGCCACUGAAAAGUCAUUGACAAUCAAUUAUGGUCCAAAAAAAAUCCAAUUUUGUUCUCGUAACGGACUUUUUCCACAUCAUAUUACGGCUUUAUUCUCACAAUAUUUCAUAUUUGACCUUAAUGUUUGGAUUCGUGCCACUCACUGAAAUGCUCACCAAAUUAUUUUUUCCCCUCAUAUGUCGCUUUACUUAGAGAAAUAGUAAUUACGUUUUUUUAUUCUCAAUUAGCAGACGUUAUUCUUGUAACAUUAUAACAUUAUUUUAGUUUCCAUUUCAGUUUUUGGUGUGAUAUAACUGGUCCCUUACUAUUCUAAUUUUCCAGUAUGGCCCUUAUCGUCCUCUGUCCUUUUGAAACAGUUCCAUGCGUGAUCGUUUGUACGUGUAACGGGGGAGGGGGGGGGAUCGUUGUGAUUUCAUUGUUAUGCCUCGAUGAUUGUUGUCAUUUUGACGUUGGGUUUAAUGGGGAAACGCGGAGCACCGUUCAAAGCGUGACACACUCCGACUUUUUGUUUGACUGUAAAAUCUCAAGUGAGCCUCUUAAAGGAACACAGUCUUUUUUUUAUGCAACCUUUGUGCUAUUUUUUGUAAAAACGAUUCUAAUCCGAUUAAUAGCUUUCCUCCCUGCACCACUGACGGCAGAAGAAGGAUGCUGCUGUCAUUUUUUUUUUUUUUUAAUUCACAGGUGAACAUAACUUUAUGUAUGCACGCCGGGCAUUGUGGGAGUUUACUGUGAAUGUUUUAUUUUUUGGGGGUUUUUUUCCAACGCGACAGUAUGUGACUGAUGGUACGUUAAAUUCUAGAGGCUGUAAAAUUCAGAGGUGAGUUAUAGUUAUAUUAGUUGCAAAACAGAAGGAAAGUGAUGAAAGAUUUAUUUUAGAAUGAAGUCGUAAUAUUACAAGAAGGAAUACUUCGAACGUGCCGAGAAUAUUUCAGUUUUGUUUUUGGAGUAAAAUCUUGGUUUGUAAAAAAAAAAAAAAAAAAAAUUACACAAACAGAAAUAUUUUUUUAAGAAUAAAUUCAUUAAAUGUAAUCUUUUACUUCCAACUUUGUCAAAGCUUUUACCUUUAAGCAAUUGUAUGACUUUCUCUUAAGCAAAUUGCCUUAGUCUUAUAAUUGGAAGACUAAUCGUAGAAUUUAAAAAAAAAAAUGUUAAAUUAUUAUUUUUUUCAUUGGAAAAUUGCAACUUUUGGUGUAGUAUGAUUUAUUCUCCGAUCAAAAUUGUAAAUUUAAAAAAAUUAUUCAUACAUGUAAAAAUGCAACUUUUUACUCUUAUCACGUUACAAUUUGAAUUUGACCGUAAUUAAACAUUCUCCUAAAAUUACAGAAUUUCCUUUCAUAAAAUGUUUGCAAUAUUGCGACUUUAUUCACACUAGCAACCUAAGAAUCUGUUCAGUUUUGGUGAGGAUCUGGACAAAGGUGUGCAAAUACAAAGAACGGUACAUUCACCUUGGAGGUUCUAAGGGAAAUCUAUGCCAAAGAGUUUGCAGAGUGACCCCAACUUCCACACCACCCCGUGACAUGCCCACUUGGGGUUGCCCUGAAAACAUUUUUACAGUAUCACCUGCUGCAUUUUGUUAAGCACAACACUCAUUUUUAUGUGUGUGGCGUAUGUGUAAGUAAAUCCAAACGCAAAAAGAUUUUUUUUUUAAAUCAAUUAAUGAGCAGAUACAGGUGAUGGGAAUGUAAUUCAAUAAACCUAUCAAUGAUCUGCAGCUACUUCAAGUAAAAUUAUUUAAAAAAAAAAAAAGUUUGCCUCACACUUUCACCUACAUUUUAUUUCUGUUUCUCAUUUUAGCCGUUUUGGGAAUAUGAAAUCAUAGCUUUUUUUUUGUGUUUAUUCCUGAAUGCACUUUAAUAAGGAAAGCAGUAUUUUCCCUACCACCAAAAAAUAUGCCAACAGUUUGAGAUGUUUUUAUGUCACAAUAAGGACUGUUCAAAAGGAAACUGCUUUCAGUAAUACUCGUCAUUUUGUUGCCUUCAGAUUCUCUCGGGAACUCUAGCUUUAUUUCGGAUUUUUCUGGAUGCAUGCGCGCAACCAGUAAUUCAAUCAACCCUGAAUGCUUUCAAUCAAAGUUUCAUUUUAUGCCGUGUGCCUGUCAGUCGGUUCACUUUGUUGUUUUUGUACCUCAAAACACUGUUGAUGAUCGCUGUAGCGUGUUGUUUUCCACGCCGAUCCGAGUUGAGCGACGGAGGGAAUCAACUUCAAAUGAAAAGAAAAACAACUUUGGUUCGUGACGCUAACUUAAAGACAAAUCCCAAAUGUUGUAAAUAGUGUUUUAUAAUUUCUGUCCUAAUGACUUUUCAUGAUGGAUGUUAUUAAUAAACCUGAGAUCUAUUUCUCUA